GCAGUGGCUUUUUUCACCGUGGUUUUUAAAUUCGUACACGAACAAUUUGAGAAAUUUUGACUAUUAUCACUCAAGAGAUCAAUCGUUAACAUGCAAUUGUCCGGUAGUUAUUUUUUAAAGAUGCCUCUAAUCCAUAUAUUAAUUUCAAGAGGAUGAUUACAAUUAUAAUCUUCGUAAAUGUUGUUUUUAUUUUGAAACAACAGGAUUAUGUGUUCUAGAGUUUAUAAGAUGAAAUCGAAGAGUGUUACACCAACUAAUACAGAUUAAAUAAAUUUUUUAUUUAGGUCAAAGGCAAAGGAAACAAGUACCUAAUCAUGGCUCGUUUCAAGACCCAAAUAUAAUGGAUACAAGCGCUCCUCCCCAAAUGUCAAACUAUGGCAAUAUGUGUAACCCAUAUCCGACACCUCCACCACAACAACAACCGCAACAUUACCAACAGCCAAGUGGAAAUUCAUUUUAUAAUCAAGGUAAUAAUGAAAAGAGAAAGGGGAACUAACUAGCUAGGAGUAUUUAACUUUAUAUAGAACCGUAAACAAAAUUAUUUUUAUACUAUUUCAGAAGAGACUUAUAAUAUGAAUGUUCAAGAAGGUAUAUAGAUUAAGAGCAUAUAUUUAUUUGUCGAUCAAUUAAUAAUCAACCUUAUACAAUACUUUGAUUUGAAAUGUUUUAUUUACUGACUUUUUAACAAACUUUUGCUAAGUGAAGGCGUGGUUGGCGGUUGGGCUAUUUUCAACAAAGCCUCUAUCAAACAAACAAAAUAUAAACUAGAAAAUAAAUAGUCUUUUAUCUCCCUUUCAAGAUAUGUCAAUGAUCUAUCCAUCACAACAACAACAGUCGCAACAACAAGUAUUUCCAGGACAGCAAUUCGUAUCAGAUCCAGUAGUUGCUAAUGUUGCUAUGCAAUACGGUUCGCAGUUGGCUGAUCAAGGCAAACAAUAUGUUCAUGGUCAAUUAGAAAAGUACUUUGUUCUUGGAAAACUGCAAUAUUAUUUUGCUGUUGACACUGCAUACGUUCUUAAAAAGCUUGGAUUGUUGAUAUUCCCUUUUGCACAUAAAGACUGGCUUCGUAAGACAAGUCAAAACGAAAAGGGAGAGGAAACUAAAGCACCGCCUCGUUUAGACGUCAAUGCUCCUGAUUUAUAUAUUCCAACGAUGGCAUUCGUUACGUAUAUACUUUUAGCCGGAUUUGCAUUAGGAACAAAAAACAAAUUCACGCCAGAGGAUUUAGGAGUUACAGCUAGUACUGCAGUUGUGUGGUUAUCUAUUGAGAUACUCUUAUUACUAUUUAUAACUUAUUUAUUACACGUCUCUACAAGGCUUAGUUAUCUUGAUUUGUUUUCUUAUUGUGGAUAUAAAUAUUUCGGGUAAACUAUAAAAACAAAGAACAUAUCUACCUCUACGUACGUGUAUUAUAUACUUUUAAACGUUUUGAUCAUUUUUACAGAAUGUUAGUAGUCAUAAUAUUUGGGCUUUUGUUGGAUUCAACCGGAUAUUACGGUGCAUUGUUAUACACAGGCACUACUUUAGUAUUCUUUUUGGUGAGAGCCUUGAAAUUUGAUAUCUCUGGAAGAGAAAGGAGAAGUUCGUUAUACGUUUUAUUCGUUAUCGCUCUCUCCCAGCCAGUCUUUACUUGGUGGCUUACAAGACAUUUAGUUUAAAAAAUGUAUUGGCUUAUUUAUAUAUGUUUCUUUCCCGUGUAUAAAUAUAAUGAAUAAAGAAAAAGAAAUAUCGAUCCUUUUAAAUAUAAGAAUUUAAGAAAGCGUGGCAAUAAAUAAAUGAUAUUCUUAAUAUAAAGAGGAAAGAAGUCAAGAAACAAUACAAAGUAUCCUAUAGAUGUCGCUUAAUAAACUAUAAAUAUUUUAUUUAUCAUUUUUCUUGUAUAUAGUUUAAUUAUGUUUCCUUAAGAUAUUCAUAGCUAACGAUGUAUUCAUUCAUUUUCAAGCAUUUGUGUGAAAAAUUUGCAUAAUAUACUACAACAUUUACAUUGAAAAAAAAAGAUAAACAAAUAUAAAUUUAUACAUGUAUCAUUUUUUUUGUCGCUGCUGAUAUUUUUCAGUGUUUUUUCUAUUAAAAAAGAUGAAACUAACAAAAAUAAUGAUCAAAAUAAGUACAAAUGUACAAUUUACAAUGUACUUUUUUUUUAUAUGUUAU